AUGAGGGGGGGUAGGAUUGGUUUUGUGGGUUAUGGUGGUGGUGAGUGUGGAGGAUGUAAGUUUGGGUUGGGGUUUGUUGGGAUGGUUGGUAUUGGGGGAGAAGUUGUGGUUUUUCCUCGGAACCAGUUGCUUGUUGUGAAUGGUGACCGGCUCAUUGAAGACCCGGUAUCAGAGCUUGAAAAAAUUGAGUCGUUUCUUGGACUUGAACAUAGAAUAGGUCGACAUAACUUUUAUUUCAACAGGACAAAGGGGUUUUACUGUUUAAGAAAUGAUACAGCAGACAAGUGCUUACGCGAAAGCAAAGGUCGCAGACAUCCUAGGGUCGACCCAAAAGUUCUGACGAAAUUAAGGAGAUUCUAUGUCGAACAUAAUCAGAAAUUCUACGAACUUGUUGGAGAAGAUCUUGGCUGGCCGGAAAAGUAAUUUUUACUUAAAAUAUAUAAAAACUUUGCUCAGAAAUAUAGUGAAUCAAGGAAAAUUGGCUAAUGUACAGUGGAUUUUUUUCAAAGCAAAACAUUCGCCAGUUAUUCAUUUGGUAUUCAAACAACCAAAGAAUAGUAAAAGGAGAGAAAAACCUAGGCAAUCUCUUUCUUUUGCCUUAAUAUCUAAAAAUAUUUCAACAGAUAUUUUUUAAAAAUGUUUCUCAAAUUGAAAAAAAAAAGUUACUUAUAAUUAAGUUAAUAAUUAGCAAGAUUCACUUAUUUUUGUGUGAUGUUUUAACGUUCUAUUCAGAAUAAAAAUAUGUAAAUCCCUUUAAACAAGAUUAUCAUUAUAAAAAAAGAAAAGGAAGGAAGUUAAGAGUUAGCAUUUAACAGAUGAAAUGUCACUACAUAUCAUUAACAAAAAUUACUGUGAUAAAAUUACAUAUCAAUAUGUUAUAUAAUAUGAUACAAGGAUUUUAUGAGUCUCUUUAUUACUAUUACUAUUAUCAUUAUUAUUAUUAUUAUUAUUGUAAUGAAAUUGCUCUAAAGGCGUUUUAAGACAAGUAAGGAAUUGGAAACUACCUAGGGGUAAGGCAAUAAUAAAUUACAUAUCAUAAUGGAUAUCAGUUGGCCGGCCAUGUAGGUAUAGAAUUCAACGAGUUGGAGGCAAAUGUGGAAAUCAUUUUCAAUGUUAAUAGUAAAGAAUAAACUUUCAUUGAUUUUACAUUGUAUUAUAUACUAUAUCAACAAAACGUACAGUUCUUUUAAGAUUAAUUUUAUAAUGUAAUUAUUAAAUAAUAAUAUAAUUUAUUAAAUAUUGUGAAUUAAGAGACUCAAGUCUGCUAAUAACUAUAACACCACAUCAGUUCUGUCACAGCAAAAAUGUGCCUUUGAUGUCUAUUAUUUAAAAAAAAAAAAUUAAAAUUGCACAUAUCUAUAUGACUAAAAUGUACUUCAUUGGAAUGAUUUCCAAUUUGCAACUUUUCUCGCAUGAAUCGCUGGAUCACAUUGAUCCAAGAGGUCCCUUAGUGAAUAUAGUUUCAUAAUUAGGUAAUAAAUGAAAUAUUUUUAUACUCCAUAUUGGAAGUUGUUGAAUUUAUUAUUGUUGAAAUAUUUUCAUUAAUUUAAUCUCAUAUAAAUUACUGAUUAAUAUUACAGGUGGUCUCUGAUAAACAUAUUAUAUUUAAAAUAAGUCAUACCUUCAUCAUUUUUAAAUAUGCUAUUUAUACAUAAGCUUAAUCAUACAAAAAAAUAAAAAAAUAUAGGUUUAAUAAUAUAAGAUAUUGUUAACCCGAUAUCAAAAGUGCAACAAGUCAAAAAACAGUAUUUUGAGAAAAAAAAAAUUGUUUUCAACUUUCAGAAUUCAUGGAGAGACGGACCAAAAGAUAUAACAAAUAAUUAAGUUAUACUACUUCACUAUGUUCAAGAUGAAAUAAUUCAAAAUUAGAUAAUUUAGAGGUGUUACAUUUUUACACUGGAGCACAAAUUCAAAUUCAAAAUAAUGAUAAUUUGAAUUGAUAAAUAAUUUAACCAUGGGCUCUAAUAUAAGUUUUAUAUAUCAAUGGCGCAAUUUUAUUAGACUGUAUUCCACAGUCCAGUUUAUGUACAGACUACAUAUAAUACAGAUAUAUUUAUUAACUGUGAAUGUAUAUCGGCAAUUUCAACUGAGAAAAAAUUCACUGGAAAAUGGUUUUUAAAAAACCAAAUGUUACAACAUGAAAUAUUGCAUAACUGUUUGUUCUAGUGAAUUUACUUUUUUUGUUUUUUUCUAAGAGAAGAAGUAAAUUAAUUUUAACAAAUGGACUAGUCAUAUAGAAGGAAUUUUAAUUCCCAUUCAGGGAACACCUGUAAUAAAAAAUUCUUAUGUAAUUAUUACAGUUUCCUCAAUAAAUAAUCACUAUUAAAAAUUUAAUCAUGCAAGAAAAGGAAUAUUGGAUGAAAUUAUUGAAAUACUAUUCCAUCGGGUAUUACUCUAAAUAAACGAGGAAACAGCUGGUCAAAAGUGAAUUUAAUAUGUUUAUAAUAUGAAAUUUAAUGAAAUUGAUUAAGUUUAUAGUGAUAAACCUUUCACUUACAGUUUGAACUAAAAUUAAUAGAUAAUCAGAAAUAUAGUAAACAAAUAAUUGAGGAACUUGUUACCAAAAGUGGAAAUAAAAGUGGACUUCAGACCGAAACUGAGAUUUUGAUGAGGCAUAGUAGGAAUCCUAAAGCUUUUCAGGUCUAUUUUCUAGCAUAUGUGGUCUUGUCAAAUUUGUUGGAAUUUAUUACUUGAAUGUUUAAAGUGUUUGUUACUCGGAUUGUUAACAAAUGACUUUACCAUCCAAGGGUGAUCUCUAAAACAUUAACUGUACGACCAACUAUCAAUAUGUGGCAUCACUGCUGUCCAGUGUCGCACCACCUUUUCACAAGUUUGUAUUUAUUUGAAAAUUUAUUGAUAGUAAUGCUUUUAUAGUGUCACUCAGUGUUUAUUUUUAAACUUUUGAAUAUUCAUUUGUCCUUCUGUUGUUUUGUUACUCUGAAUAAGAUGUAGAAAGACAGGAGUGAGGAAAUGAGAAAAUGUCAUUCUGUGAGGUAACAGGAUAGAUAGCACAAUGAUGAAGAAGAAUGAUACUGAACCUAAUCGUUUCUUUAAAAAAAAAAAAUGAAUGUAAAUUUAAUCACAAAUGUAAGAUUGUGAAACCGAGAAAAUAUUAUAGGUUUCUGAAUUUUAAGAAAAACAAGACACUUCCUUAGGAAAGUUUAUAUUAGUCUUCACCACAAAUAUACAUAGGUAUCGUCCCUCCUUCUGGUAUUAAGUUUUGGUAAAACUGAAAUCCGUUUCAAUUAACUAUUUUUUAAAGAUAGAAACAACAAAUAAGGUGGUGCAGAAAUUUUCAUGCAUAAAAUGCCGG